UGUUUUUGUGUGAACAAAACAAUAUAUCAUAGAGAAAAACAUACAUCGGGUACAAUAUAUUGAAAUUGCACAAUCAUGGCAAGCAUGCAUAGCUUUCUGCCGACGACCGAAGAGUAUUUCACGGAACUCCAGCAACGUGCGGAUUUGGCCGAAAGUCGUCGUCACGCGCGAUUCAAAGCCGUGGUCCUGUUGCAGCGGAUGACGCGGGGAUAUUUAAUCAGGAAGCACAUGGCCUGGCUGGCGAGGAAUGCGACUGUAAUACAGUGCGCGUUCCGAGUCCACAUCGCACGGAGAGCAUACCGCAUCGCUUUGAGCGAGGCUCUCCGUAAUAAACAUGCGAAAUAUUACGCCGUGGCAGCUACACGGAUUCAAGCAUUAUGGCGCGGACACUAUUCCAGACGCACUCAAUUCUCUUACCGCUCAUACAGAAAUUGGAUAUCUAAUGUGGUGGAUAAAGGAGAAAAACUUGUAGCUGAGGUUAAAGACUUUAGAGUCAAAAGUAAAGAAGAAAACCUGAAAACCUUAGAGAGAGAAGCAGAGCAGAAACUAGCAUUCAUUGUGUUUAAGCUGCACCAUCUCCUCAGAACGUUUGCCAUUGCUGGGGUGUAUUCUGAUCAUGCUACAAAUGAGCUUUCCGACUUUGAAAAGCUUCUUAAAUCUGUCAAAUAUACUGAAUAUAGAAGGAAACUCAAACGAAAGUAUGACAAGUUUGUUAUGGCACAGCGUUCUCAAUUCUCAAACAAAGCACUAUUUCCCAUAAUUGGAGAGGGUAAUGACUACUGGUAUUUAUCGCUACCAGAUAUGUAUGAGCUAACAAAACCUAUGAAAGAGAAAGAAGAUACCAGACAAAGUCUUACUCAUCGGAGCAAAGUACACAAGGAACCAUUUCUUUGGAGAAAAGUUCGUUAUUCUGAUACUUGCAAGGGCCCGUUUAAGCCUGACGAGAAACUAAAAGCAAUAUCUUGGCCCAGAGAUCCUAGAUUCUGCCUAUACGUUCAACACUAUAAGCCACAGUCAGAUGUGUUUAACUACGUCGAUUAUCAUAUAAACGCUUUGUUGAAAAGAAAAUGUUCGAUUGAAAGAAUAAAAUAGGACUUGUAGAAUUGCUACCAGCGUAGCAUGUUUUUUGGAAGACCCCCAUAAUCACAUACAUACAAUUUAUGUUCUUCGCAACAAAGGGUAACUUUACUAUUAUUUACAUUUUUAUCUUUGUCCUAUAGUAUCCUUUUAGGAAUUCUAAAAAUUUUUGCUUUUGGUUAAAAUUUCGUAUGAAAAGUUUGUUUUUUCUUUUCUUGUUCGGAAAUCCGUAAUCAGGGUUGAGUUUUGGGUCAGCCGGAUGUUACGAGCCGCGAGCCGCUAGCCUUUUGUUGUUACGGUAUUGUUGUUGUGAAUUUUGCACUUGUAAUUUAUUUGAGGAAACGCCUCUGAAAAAGAAAUUGUAUUAAGCUCUACAAGGCAAAUGUGUUUUGUCUGAAAUUAACAUCUCGUUGCUGUGAUAAAUUGGCGUGUGAAUUUAUAUUUGGAUUUUGUAAUGAGCUGGCUUUUGUGAUGAAUAAUCCGCUUAGAUUUUAUAUUGACGCGGUGUUUCAUUAAAUUUGAUGUAAUUUAGAUUACAA